AGCCCGUUAUGGUAGAGGAGAGCUUAGUCAGCAUGCCGGAAUAUUGCCAUUUCACAGUUUAAGUAGUUUCUUUUCGAAGUCGAAGUAAAAAGAGAAAUUUUGGUUUGACCGUUUCAGUAGAGUUCGUUAGUUUCGCCCUUUUUUAGUUAAUAUUCCUGGCCAUUUAGUAGUAUUUUUCAACAAUGACAUUUGCACGGUAGUGAAAAUCUUUCUUCACAUAGACUUGCAAGAAGCAUCUACCGAAAAAAUGAUCGACGAUUUCAUUGUGUUCACAAAAACCGGUGUGGUUUUGUUCCGGUGGGAACUGAAGCUUGCCAAGGACCCGGUGGACAAAUUCAUCAAGACGGUCCUUCUGCAGGAGCAAAACGAUGACAGUGCGUCCACGCAAGUCGACAACUACAAACUGAAGUGCAAAAUACGAAACGACCUGGAGCUCGUGUUUGUGCUGAUAUACCAGGUACUUACAGGAUUUUUCGUUGCACGACAUAUGAUUUGUUUGUGUAACUAUGUUUUCAACAACACGAUCAUUUGCAUUGUUCAAUCGGUGUUGAAGAUCUCUUCCUGUGAUAAGUAGCACGAAAGCCGGUGGAAGACUCUAGAAAUGACGAAAGUAGACUUUCGCUUGUCUAUCAUGCAAUUAAAAAAAACGCCAGGGUAUCUUGCAAAUGGCGUACCUGGACCGGUUGCUCCAGCAGGUUUCCGCCGCUUUCGCCAAUACGCUGGACCCGAACUGUGACCGGUUAGAUUGGAGGUUCAGGGACGACUUCAAGCUCGAAUUCGAGCGUAUAAAACUGGAGUUCGACCGGGAAUGGCUGACGAAAAAGACGGAAAUGCGGUCCUUCGCUGACACAGAGCGGGGCAAACGCGUCGGGGUGAGCGACGGCGCAGACAAGAAGGAAUCCGAGGAGUCGGAAGACGGCGCGGCUUCGGGGCGGCGGGGGAAGCGCGAGUGGGUCGGCGCCGGAAAGGUGAACAAGCAGGCCAUAGAUAAGUUGGACUUCUCGAAGAGCGGCGACGGCAAGGAUGAAGCCUCGGAAGAGAGCCAAAACGCGGCAGCUCUCGCGCAGUUCCUGGAUGACGAUGACGACGGGGAGCCGGAGAUCAAUCAGAAGGUACGUAUAGAUAAAAGCUUGCGAAAUGAAUGCUUUCUCACAGGGGCUACACACGACGGGGCUUAAUGCCUCUGAAUAUGUCUCGGGCGAGGUAGAUGGGCCUUUCGAGUUUCAAUUUUGCUUUCGCAAUCGACGGACUUUCUUAGAAUGCAUCAGCAUCAACACAAUCCAUAUUACACAUGCAAAACAUCAACAGCCGGUUCUGAUCGAGCCUGUGGACGAUACUGCUCCUAACAGCAUUUGGGGGAAGCUGAGCAGUAAAAUGAAAGGUUUCACCGGCGGAAAGAAGCUGACAGAGGACGACUUGGCACCCUUGCUCGCACCAAUACGAGACCAAUUGCUUAACAAAAACGUGGCGAAAGAGGUACUCGUUGAGAUGUUGAGGGGUGCUACGAAGUGAAUACGAAAACGAAUAUCGUUGCUUGCUGUUCUGCAAUGACAUAGAUACGCAGAACAAAACAUCAUCUUGAAGUCACACGACAUCCGACUUAACAGGUCGCCGACCGCUUGCUCGAGAGCGUGCGCCAGUCAUUGGUUGGCCAAACAACGGAGGCGUGGACUACCAUACGGCAAACCAUCUACCGCGAGAUGGUUCGGGCGAUAUCGCAGCUGCUGACACCGAAGAAAAGCGUCGACGUCAUGCGGGCGGCGCUGCAGGCGAAGGCCGCGGGGCGGCCCUUCUCCAUCGCGUUCAUCGGAGUCAACGGGGUCGGGAAAAGCACAAAUCUAGCGAAGGUGGCUUAUCAUCUGAAGAAGCAGGGCGGGCUGAGCGUAUUCAUUUUUUUUUUUUGAACAAGUCUGCUUCGGAAAAAUUUAAAUUUUCGUCUCAAACGAGAACUUGCCAGAGCAGGUUCUUUCCCUGUGUAACAUCAUCAGGACCACUGCUAAGUAUUCAUUUCUAUACCCCAAGAACUACUUCUUCAAGCUGAAAACCCAUACCUAUCAGAUUUUGAUCGCCGCCUGUGACACCUUUCGCGCGGGCGCCGUGGAGCAGCUGAAGACCCACGCGAGGUGUCUGGAUGCGCAGCUGUACGAGCGCGGCUACGGCAAGGACCCGGCGGAGAUUGCGAAGAACGCCCUGAAACACGCGGCCAAGGAAAACAUCGACGUGGUGCUGAUCGACACGGCGGGCCGCAUGCAGGGGAACGAACCGCUGAUGCGGGAAAUCAGCAAGAUGGUCGCCGUGAACCAACCGGAUCUGGUGCUCUUCGUCGGCGAGGCGCUCACGGGGAACGACGGCAUCGACCAGGUGAAGCAGUUCAACCGCUCCUUGAUCGACCUCAGCCCGGACCGGGUGAACCCGCGGGGGAUCGACGGCUUGCUGCUCACGAAGUACGACACCGUGGACGACAAGGUCGGCGCGGCGCUGUCCAUGGUGUACGUCAGCGGGCAGCCCGUCGUGUUCGUCGGAACGGGGCAGAAGUACACAAAUUUGAGGAAACUGCACGUCGAAGACGUCUGCAACGCACUGCUCAGCAGAUAGAAGACACGGUCGGACAUUUGUACCGAUGUAUAAAAUGAUCUCGCUUUUCCUUUUUAUCUUGCGAGGAGAGGAAAAAUGCGUUCCGCUUCCGAAUUUGAAGGCCGGUGCUUGGAUAUCCCAGCGCUGCUAGGUGCUAGCAGAGGGCCUUUUCAUCUAUCAAGCGCUAGACCUUCGGCGUUUGCUGUUUGCGAUACUUUGGAGACAGACCUGACGAAUAGAGUUGUCUCUUCUUUUCAACAAGAAUACUACAAGGCGACACACGCACCCCGCGACGCAUGCACUUCUUGAUGUUAGUUUCACGCAAAGGAAGCCAACCUCGUCCCUGUGCAAUCCGCAAACUUCUUUUUUUGCUCACAUACAUAGACGAUUUCACAUAGAGAAAGCGACAACAUGCAUGUGCUCCAUUGUGAAUUUGGUUUAGUGCCCAGGGCCAAAAUUUACGAUGUGAAAGCAGCAUGAAGAUAUGAAAGCACCCGACACAUUCACAUGAUCGUAGCGAUAAAACAAAACGACACUACAUGAGGCUAUAUCAGACAC